UUGAGACAACAGUACGGGGUCAUUGGGCUGCUCUCCUCCUCUCUUAUCUUCGAUUCAGUCCUCUGCCUCUUACUAGGGUUUAUUGAGGGGUUUCCAAUUCUCUCGCAGUGCCCCUAGCAAUGGCUAAACCUGGGCGAGGUCGUCGCUCACCGCCGUCAGGUUCCGUUUCUGGCUCCUCAUCGCGCUCUAGGUCUUCCUCUCCCUCCGAUUCUCGCUCCAGCUCCCGUUCCCGCUCUCCCUCUCGCUCCAGAUCCUUCUCCUCGUCCUCUUCUCCGUCCCGCAGUGUCAGUUCUCGAAGCCGAAGUCCCCCUCCUCCAAGAAGGAAGAGUCCUGCUGAAGCUGUUAGGAGAGGUAGAUCUCCUCCUCCUCAAUCUAAAAGGAUAUCUCCACCCCCCAGGAAACCUUCUCCUGUUCGUGAAUCACUUGUUCUCCACAUAGACAAACUCAGCAGGAAUGUCCAUGAAGGCCAUUUGAAAGAAAUAUUUAGUAACUUCGGUGAGGUUGUAAAUGUGGAGUUGGCAAUGGAUCGAACUGUUAACCUUCCUAAAGGAUAUGGAUAUGUGGAAUUCAAGACAAGAGGGGAUGCUGAAAAGGCCUUACUAUACAUGGAUGGUGCCCAGAUAGAUGGUAAUAUUGUUAAGGCCAGAUUUACCUUGCCACCAAGACAGAAGGUUUCACCACCCCCAAAGGCUUCUGCUGUUGCUCCAAAGAGAGAUGCUCCAAGAACUGAUAACGCUAAUGCAGACACUGAAAAAGAUGGGCCAAAGCGGCAAAGAGAAUCUUCUCCUAGGAGAAGACCUCCUUCACCACGAAGGAGAUCUCCUGUGCCUCGAAGAGUUGGAUCACCAAGACGACCAGAAUCUCCUGUUCGUCGUCGAAUGGACUCACCCUAUCGUCGCGGAGACACACCUCCUAGGAGGAGGCCUGUGUCUCCUGCAAGAGGCAGAUCUCCAUCUCCACCAAGGCGCCUUAGAUCCCCUGCAAGUAGGGUCUCACCCAGAAGGAUGCGUGGAAGUCCAAUUCGUAGGCGUUCUCCUCCUCCUCCAAGGCGCCGUUCACCGCCUAGAAGAGUUCGUAGUCCUAGAAGGUCUCCAAUCAAUCGCAGACGCAGUCGCUCUCCACCACGAAGGUCUGCACGCUCGUGGUCAAGAUCAUUCUCACCACCGCGGAGAGGUCGGCCACCUAUGAGACGUGGAAGGUCAUCGUCAUCCUUCUCUGAUUCACCAAGUCCCCGCAAGGUAUCCCGGAGAUCAAGGAGUCGCAGUCCAAGAAGGCCAUUGCGAGGAAGAGGUAGUAGCAAGAGCAGCAGCAGCAGCUCACCACCCCCAGCCCGCAGGCCAUAGAAUAUUCGUGUACAUGGGUUGUGCCUCUUUUCCUUCCUGAUGUAUUCAUUAACAUUCUACCAGUGAUGAGAGAAAUACUUCGGCUAUUAUAAUGUACUAGGAAGUGUAUUUUGCCCCGUAUUGUCUUCCUUUUCUAUUUAAAUCUACCAUCUUGUUAGCACUGGUGGCUAUGGAAACAUACUGUUCCAAUCAUCUGCUUGUGACAACAGUAUCUUGUGCUUUUAGUUAUUUGUGCUUGAACAUCCAAAAUGUGGGAGAUGAUGCUUUUAUUCCUAGCAACCGGAUCAGUCAAACGUCUGAGUAUUAUUAGUUCA